CCGAGUUCGGUCCGCCGGCGUCCCACAAUCCUCUUCUCUCGGUUCCUCUUUCCUCGCUCAAGAUGGCGCUGCUCGCGAUACAUUCUUGGCGUUGGGCAGCCGCGGCGGCUGCUUUCGAAAAGCGCCGGCACUCCGCGAAUCUGGUCAGGCCUCUAGUUUCUGUUCGCCGCUCAGAUCCGCAAUGGAGGUUACAUCAGCUCGGCGCCUCGGGAACCGCUCGAAUCUACCAGCAGAUCCCAGAGUCAUUAAGAAAUAAUGCAUGGCAGAGAGUGAGAAAAUGCAAUUCAAGACAAUUAUUAGAUGCUACAAAGGCUCUCCAGGCAUGGCCACUGAUAGAAAAGAGGACAUGUUGGCAUGGUCACGCAGGAGGAGGGCUACACACAGACCCAAAAGAAGGGUUAAAAGAUGUUGAUACUCGGAAAAUCAUAAAAGCAAUGCUUUCUUAUGUGUGGCCCAAAGACAGGCCAGAUCUAAGAGCCAGAGUUGCCAUUUCCUUGGGAUUUUUGGGUGGUGCAAAGGCCAUGAAUAUUGUGGUCCCCUUCAUGUUUAAAUAUGCUGUAGAUAGCCUCAACCAGAUGUCGGGAAACAUGCUGAACCUGAGUGAUGCACCGAAUACAGUUGCAACCAUGGCAACAGCAGUUCUGAUUGGCUAUGGCGUAUCAAGAGCUGGAGCUGCCUUUUUUAACGAAGUUCGAAAUGCAGUAUUUGGCAAGGUAGCCCAAAAUUCAAUCCGAAGAAUAGCCAAAAAUGUCUUUCUCCAUCUUCACACCCUGGAUCUGGGUUUCCACCUGAGCAGACAGACAGGAGCUUUAUCUAAAGCUAUUGACAGAGGAACAAGGGGUAUCAGUUUUGUCCUGAGUGCUUUGGUAUUUAAUCUUCUUCCCAUCAUGUUUGAGGUGAUGCUUGUCAGCGGUGUUUUGUAUUACAAAUGUGGCGCCCAGUUUGCUUUGGUAACCCUCGGAACCCUCGGUGCAUACACAGCCUUUACAGUUGCAGUCACGCGGUGGAGAACUAGAUUUAGAAUAGAGAUGAACAAAGCAGAUAAUGAUGCAGGUAAUGCUGCUAUAGACUCACUGCUGAAUUAUGAAACUGUGAAGUAUUUUAAUAAUGAAAAAUAUGAAGCACAGAGAUAUGAUGGAUUUUUGAAGACAUAUGAGACUGCUUCAUUGAAAAGUACCUCUACUCUGGCUAUGCUGAACUUUGGUCAAAGUGCUAUUUUCAGUGUCGGUUUAACGGCUAUAAUGGUGCUCGCCAGUCAGGGAAUUGUGGCAGGUACCCUUACCGUUGGAGAUCUAGUAAUGGUGAAUGGACUGCUUUUUCAGCUUUCAUUACCCCUUAACUUUCUGGGAACUGUAUAUAGAGAGACUAGACAAGCACUCAUAGAUAUGAACACCUUAUUCACUCUACUCAAGGUAGACACCCGAAUUAAAGACAAAGUGAUGGCACCUCACCUUCAGAUCACACCACAGACAGCUACAGUGGCCUUUGAUAAUGUGCAUUUUGAGUACAUCGAGGGGCAGAAAGUCCUUAGUGGAAUGUCUUUUGAAGUCCCUGCAGGAAAGAAAGUGGCCAUUGUAGGAGGUAGUGGGUCAGGGAAAAGCACAAUAGUGAGGCUGUUGUUUCGCUUCUAUGAACCUCAAAAAGGUAGCAUUUACCUUGCUGGUCAAAAUAUACAAGAUGUGAGCCUGGAAAGCCUUCGGAGGGCUGUGGGAGUGGUACCUCAGUUACCAGGAGGAGAAAAACAAAGAGUAGCAAUUGCAAGAGCUAUUUUGAAGGACCCUCCAGUCAUACUCUACGAUGAAGCCACUUCAUCAUUAGAUUCAAUUACUGAAGAGGCUAUUCUUAGUGCCAUGAGGGAUGUGGUCAAACACAGAACUUCUAUUUUCAUUGCACACAGAUUGUCAACAGUGGUUGAUGCAGAUGAAAUCAUUGUCUUGAACCAGGGUAAGGUAGCCGAACGUGGUACCCACCAUGGCUUGCUUGCUAACCCUAGCAGUAUCUAUUCAGAAAUGUGGCAUACACAGAGUAGCCGUGUGCAGAACCAUGAUAACCCCAAAUGGGUUGCAAAGAAAGAAAAUGUGUCCAAAGAGGAGGAAAGGAAGAAACUACAAGAAGAAAUUAUCAACAGUGUGAAAGGCUGUGGAAACUGUUCCUGCUAAGUCACAUGAGACGUUUUUCUUUUCUUUUUUGUUUUGGACUAUACAUUUGCACUGAAGCAUAAUUGUUUAUUAAAAAAAAUCAUACAUUCCCA